AACACCGACGGAUUUACCCGGUUCCUGCUAAUCAGAAAACUGACAUCUCAUCAAUCCUCUCAGCCGUUUGAAGUCAGAAAACGACAGUUAAGUCAACUGCUAUUGCCACACGCGCGUCCUGAAUCCAUUCGUUCCUUCUAUAUAAGCCGCCAACGCAACAAAGCGCAAUUUACCCUCUUUUCUCGCACGUGCCUACCCUACUUACCCUCUUCUCUCUCUCUCUCUCUCUCUCUCUGCUCUGCGACUGUAGUGAGAAAUCAACAAUGGAGUCCAGCGCCGUCCAUGCAGCCACCAUUCGACUCACUCACCCGAUCUCUUCAUCACGCCCUUUUCUCUCCCACCCAUUCAAACCCUCCAAUCUCAAUCUCAAUCUCAAUCUCAAUCUCAAGCUUCAACACAAGUUUCCUCUCGCUUCUCACAAUCCCAGUCUUCUCCAACCACUUUCCGCCACUCUUUCUGAUGCCCACAGUGAAACUGAAAACGUGGAGUUAGCGGACUUAGAUUGGGACAAUCUCGGAUUCGGACUUCAAACUACUGAUUACAUGUAUGUCAUGAAGUGCCCGCAUGGUGCAGAGGGAGUUUUCUCCAAGGGUGAACUCAAGCGCUUUGGGAACAUUGAAUUGAACCCCUCCGCCGGAGUUUUGAACUAUGGCCAGGGGUUAUUUGAGGGCUUGAAAGCCUACCGGAAACAUGAUGGCAAUAUACUCCUCUUCCGUCCACAAGAAAAUGCCUUGCGGAUGAGGAUGGGUGCGGAGCGGAUGUGCAUGCCUUCACCUACCGUGGAGCAGUUUGUGGAAGCUGUGAAGGAGACUGUUUUAGCAAAUAAACGUUGGGUUCCCCCUCCAGGUAAAGGCUCCUUGUAUAUUAGACCAUUGCUAAUGGGAAGUGGACCUGUACUUGGUCUUGCACCUGCUCCGGAGUACACCUUUCUAAUAUAUGUUUCACCUGUUGGGAACUACUUUAAGGAAGGUUUGGCUCCAAUCAACUUGAUUGUGGAGAAUGAACUACAUCGGGCAACUCCUGGUGGCACUGGAGGUGUGAAGACCAUUGGCAACUAUGCUGCGGUUCUGAAGGCACAGUCUGCUGCAAAAGCUAGAGGCUACUCUGAUGUUUUAUAUCUUGACUGUGUGCACAAAAAAUAUUUGGAGGAGGUUUCUUCCUGUAAUAUUUUUGUUGUUAAGGGUAACGUCAUUUCAACUCCUGCUGUUAAAGGAACUAUCCUACCUGGCAUUACUCGAAAAAGUAUAAUUGAUGUUGGUCGAAGCCAAGGGUUCCAGGUUGAGGAGCGACUAGUGUCAGUGGAUGAAUUGCUAGAUGCUGAUGAGGUUUUCUGCACGGGAACAGCUGUGGUUGUAUCACCUGUUGGCAGUGUCACUUAUCUCGGCGAUAGGGUAUCAUAUAGAGACGGUGUUGGAGCGGUUUCACAGCAACUUUAUACUGCUCUUACGAGACUACAGAUGGGUCUUGCGGAGGAUGAGAUGAACUGGACUGUUGAACUGAGAUAAGAACACCAAGAGUAGCUUGGAGUGCAUAUUUUGCUGAAUACUCACUGAAUGUCCAAGCUGUAGAAGUUGUUUCUAGAAUUUUGCUUUCAUAUGUAUGAGCUGCUGUAGAUAGUUACUAUGGUCUGUGAAUUGCUGUUGAAUGACUAGCAAUCACGAACAAUCCUAUGUUUAUUUAAUUUUCUUGCCAUCUGGGGAAGUCAUUAUCAGUGAAUUAGUUAACCUUUUUUGGUUAAAAAAUAGACAAAUUCUAGAUGCUGCAAUUGUGUACUCAAGGAUUGGAUGAGGGUUUUUCAUUAUUUUUGUCCUUUGAGGUCCUAAACAUGCUUUUCAUUAAGGAUAUCUAUGUCAUUCCACAAACAUAC